AUGCAGCCGAGCCGCCGAGCCGCCUUUGCCGCCGAGCCGCAUUUUUCCGCCGAGCCGCAGUGCAGCCGAGGCGCCGCCGCGUGUCGGCCUGCCCAGGACUGCCUCACUUACCUGUGGGCCACGCGCGUUGCUGCUGCUCGCCUUGCUGUGCGCCGCCACUUACCGACCACUGAGCGUGCACACUUUAGCCAGUACAAGAGUGCUCAGACCUUGGACCACUUCCUUUCAGUUUGCCCCACCACUCUCACCAUUGACCUCCUCGAGAAGGCCCUCCUAGCAGCAGAGAAGAGCAUAGUUGCUGUAAGAGCCUCUCGUGGUGACCCUCGCACCCCCGUCUUUGAGGGGUGUUCUCCCUCCCCCCUCUUACCCUCUGUUGCCUCUGGUGCUGCGUCCGACCUCUUUGGUUUCGAGUCGGUCAACGCUGCGUCUGCCCCGAGCGGGAGACGCCGCACCGGCAAGGGCAAGGGGGGCAAGGGCGCUAGAGGGGCUGGUGGGGGCAGUGGAGGUGGUGGUGGAGGCAGUGGAGGGAGUGGGGGUGGUGGUGGGAGUGGUGCCAGGGGUGGCGGCAGCGGCGGCAGCAGUGGAGGCGGAGGAGGCGGCGGUGGUGGCAGAGGGAGCGGAGGCGGCGGAGGUGGCGGAGGAGGCGGAGGUGGAAGAGGCGGCAGAAGCGGCGGCGGUGGCGGUGGUGGAGCCGGUCGCGACUCUGCACAGAGGAGUGGCUCAGUUGGUGAUCCGCGCCAGCAGCAGCGGAGUGGCGUGACCCUGUCCCCUCAACAGCUUCGUGACAGGUACACUGCGCAUCAGCGCGGUGGGGGCUUUGGUCCCUGCACUUACGUCCUCCGUACUGGCGACCGAGCUGGUGAGCAGUGCGGUGGCCCGCACUCCACCCAGCGCUGCUUCGGUCGCCUGGAGGAUGCGUGGUGUCGCCAGUUCCCUGAGGCGUCAGAGAUCCCUCGCUGGGGAGAUCUGCAUAGGGCGGGGGUUGCCAUCUUUGAUCUUGACUAUGAUGCUAUCCUUGCUGCCAUGUAUUCUGUGACCACUAGUGUUGAGGGUGACUGUUACCUGUGUGUACCGCCUGACCCGGGCAUUGAGGCUGCUUCGCAAGGUGCUGGUGAGGCUGCUGCUCUAGGUGCUAGUGCGUCUGCUGCCCCAGAUGCUAGUGCGUGUGCUGCCCCAGGUGCUGGUGAGUCUGCUCUCUCAGGUACUUCAUCGGCUCAGGCCUCACACACCUUCACUGUCGACUCGCGUGCGUCCUGCUCCUUCUUUCGAGACCGCACCACUCUUACGCCGCUCAAUCGGGCGGUUGCAGUCUCCCUAGCGGACCCCUCUGGGGGUCCUGUCCUUGCUAGCUUCUCCACUGUCUUACCGUGCCCGGCAGCCCCCUUUGGCACCCUGUUAGGUCUCUACCUCCCCUCGUUCUCUACGAACUUGGUGAGUGGAGCAGACCUACAGGAUAGGGGGGUUGACCAGUUCACUCCUGCAAGUCAGCGGGUGACACACUACACAUGUGCUAGGACAGGCAGACACUUGGCCACGUUCACCCGUCGGCCAGGGUCGAGCUGUUGA